AUGCGCCCGAACUGCUCCGCGACGAGCUCGGGCUGCGCGUGCACGCGCGAGACCUCGGCCUCGCACACGGGCCCGAGCGUCGCGAGGUACCACAGCGGGAGCCAGGUGAGGGCCCGCUUGGCCUUGGGGUCGUCGAGCGCGGCCAGCAUGUCCACGGGCGGCGCGACUACCAUGUACCACUGGAUGGCGGCAAGCUUGCACUCGUCCGGGACGGCGGCGGUCGUGGUGGUGGCGGUGUCCAUUGUUAGGUAG